GAACAAACAAUGUUUCUUUUGCGGGGGAGCGAACAAACAAUGUUAAUGGUCGUAUAGCAAUGUGAUCAUCUUCUUGGGCUCCUGCUGUGCUCGUCUGCUGAUCCGUUAGGGUUCAGUUCAGGAGCUCAAGCGCGCGGUAAUGGCGGCCCCCGCUGCUGAAGCCCCUGUUCUUCCGCCCGCCAAAAGGAACAAGGCGGAUCCGAUUCUUCUGCAUACCUCAGCGGCCCUUCCGGCCGCAGAUUGGUCCGCCCUCCUGCCCGAUCUCGUCCGCCGCGUCGCUGACUCCCUGCUCGCCACCAACGACCUCGACUGCUACAUGGACUUCCGCGCCGUCUGCUCCGGCUGGCGCGCCGCCACCGACGACCCCAGGAGCGACCCCUCCGACCCCCGCUUCCGCCCGCACCGGUGGGUCAUCCUCGACGACGGCGCCGACCCCCGCUUCCUCCCGUACCGGUUGGUGUUCCUGAACGACGGCGCCGACCUGCUCCUGCUGAACGCCGCCACGGGGCGCUUCCUCCGCAAGAGGACCCCGCUGCGCCGCCGCUACUCCGUCGUCGCCACCACUCCCGGCGGCCUCUUCGUCCUGGCCGACCGGAACAAUUCUCGAGCCGCCUGCGUCUUCAAUCCUCUCACCGGCGUCCUGAUCCGGUUCGCGGCACCCGUGCCCACCGAGGAGGUCGCCGUUGCCACUGUCGUCUUCGGUCGCGGCUCUUCGCCCACGCUCAACUUGUUCUGCGACUCUUCUCUGAACCUUUACAUGGCUGCUCCUGUCAGUGAAAGUUUCAACAAACAUAACAUUUCCACUUAUUAUUUCUUACGGAAGGCGGUCAGAGGCGGGUGGGGAUUAUGUUAUCCAUGGAGGUAUUUUGUUAUGUGCAAGAUCUUCGAUCUGAUCGAGUCGCUUCAUGUCGAUCUGAUCAAGUUCUUCUCUCAGGAUCUUCCUGGGCCGGGCACACCAACGACCACAGCCGGUGUUUCCUUGUCGAAUUGGGUGGCCAAGUGCUGGUCGUCAUGAAGUUGCACCCAUGUGUCAAGGUUUUCAAGAUGGAUGUCGAUAGCAUCGUGUCUGUUGAGAGCAUCGGUAGCCAUGCCAUCUUCAUUGGUCAUCACAGGUGCCUGGCUGUCGACACCCAUAAGUUCCCGUCUGUUGAGGCCAACUGCAUCUACUGUGUUGAGCGUCUGGAUUCAUUUGCCUACAUCUGCAUGUGCAAUCUCAAGGACGAGAAAUAUGAGAUGAUCUCAGCUGGGGCCGUAGAUUUCAUGAAGACAGACAAGCUGUUCGUCAUCGCCGCACACCGCCCUUUCACCAUCAUCCACCUUCUCUCCAGCUACACCAUCAAUGUCCGGGAUUCUCAACUGCCGCUACAACAGGACGCCAACUAAGGUUUGGCUAUGAAAUGGAGCUAAGUAUUUUUGAAGUUUUCUAGGAAUACUGUGGUUUUUGAGAAAACUUCAGUAUUAAAUACUUUGAGGUGUUUGGAUAAAAAAAAUACUGCAGCUUAAGAAACCAUAGUAUCUCUAAAACUAUGGUAUUUUUGUGGUAUUUGAAAAAGAGGCUGGGACCUCUUUUUUUAAAACUUAGAAAUGCUGGCUCAUUAGUCUCUCUGAGUCCAUCUUGUUAUGUCCAAUACUUUGCUAGAUGAUAGAUCUAUCUGGCCAGAGUACACGUACGAAUGACUUAGUCCCUGCUCCU